AUGGCCGAAUCAUCGAAUGCCUGCAUCGCAUGUGGAUGGUCGUCUGACCAGCAGGGUCAAUGCUUCUAUGAAAGCAAUGUGAAACUCUUCUAUGCUGCAAGCAAGCGGGGCGUGUGGUCCCUUGGCUCCGAUGUGAUCAUGAAAGAACGCCCUGAUGAAGGCCCGAAAACUGAAGUACAAACGCUGAAAUACCUCGCAGCCUACCCUGAUAUUCCAGCUCCAACGGUCCUCCAUGACUGGGUCGACGGUAACGGACGAUACUUUGUGCUUCAGAAACGGAUACAAGGGCAAACACUCGAACAGGCCUGGCCUUCAUUGACAGAGAACCAAAGAUUGGCUAUCGCGGAUCAGGUGGUGGAGGUCCGCAAACGGCUACGAACUCUUACAGCAUCAUCUAUACAAUGCGUUGAUCAGGGUCCCUGUUACCCAGAGCUACUCUUCUCUGACCGCGAACCACACGGACCGUUUCACUCUGACCUUGAACUAUGGGAAGCUUUGAGUCUUACCCUACAGGCUCUGCCUCAACAGGUCUUACAGAAUCUGAAGAAGAGUUUACCCAAGUGUGGGCCCUAUGUUCUCACUCACUGUGAUCUGAAUUUGGGGAAUAUUAUGGUCAGAGAUGGAAGCCUGGUUGGAAUACUUGAUUGGGAAUUCGCUGCUUAUUAUCCGGUAUGGUAUGAAUACGUCUCAGCGUCUUGGGGAUGGACCGAUGAUGAUGCCAAGUGGAAAAAGCUGCUACGGGAGCGCUUCGAGGCACAUGGGGAUGGCCAUGAAGAUGCAAAGAAUUUCUGGAUGGAUUUGCGUUGUCUGAGGAAGUUUCCAGAUUUGGAUCAAAAGAGCCAAGACGUUUUGAAAAGGUUAUCUUCAGCCUAG